AUGAACCCUAAUUACAAAGGCAACAACAAUAUCUUAGGCAACUAAGGUAACCAAAAUUUAGAGUAGCAAUAAUAUUAAUAUGGUGCUUAAUAAAAUAAUUAUGGUUAAAAUUAAUAAUUGUAGCAAUUAAACAUCCAACAAGAUUAUAAUAAUAACAAUUAACAAAAUUUCAAUAUGAAUUAACAAAAUUUUAGGUUCAAUGCUAAUUAAUAGGUUCAUUAUUAAAACCAGUAUUUAAAUCAAAACUAAAUAGGUCAGUUUAAUCAAUAUUAAAAUAAUCCUUAACAAUAAGAUGGUUAAUAAUAAAUUUAAUAAGCUAAUUAGCCAAAUAUAUCAAACUUUAACUAUAGCAAUAGCUCUGAUAUACCUUCGCAAUUAAAUAUUAACUAACGUUAGAAUUAAAUUGACUAAAAUAAAUUUAAUAUUUAACAAGCUGGACAGAACUAACUUGUUGCUGGAUAACCUUAAAUGGUUAAUUAAGAAUUUUAAUUCAAUUAAUAGAUGAUGUAGAAUUAGUACAAAUAAUCAAAUAUAAGCAUUGAGUCUUCAAUUCCUUCUUAGAUUGAUCCAAAAUAAUUAUAACAAAAUAGAAAUGAAACUAUUUUUAGUUAAUCAUUUUUUAAUGACCAAAAUAAUUUUUAGCAAAAUUUAAACCAACCCAAUUAAUAGAACAUAAGGUAACUCAGCAACUAAAACAAUCUUUAGCAAAAUGUUUUUUAAUAAGCUGAUUAGUUAAAUAUCUAUAAUUAAUAAUAAAUUAAUAACCCUAAUUAAAACCAAAAUUUUAUCAACAAUAAUAUUGACCAUCAAAUAAUUUAGGAUGAUAAUGGUAAUAAUAACUUCUUUAUUCAGUAAAAUUUACCAUUUUAAAAUUAAUAAAUUGCUUAGGUUUAAUAACCAUAAAUAUAAGAAAUUAACUAGCAAAAUGGUUUUAUUGUAAAUUAAUUUCACUCAACUUAAUAACUGUAAAAUGAUUAUAAUCAAGCAUUUAUCCCUUAAUAUCCUCUAAAUUAAAAGUUAAACGAUUUGCAGUAAAAUUAGAAAAUAUUACAGCAAAAUAAUCAAAGAAUUGAUUAAUUUCGUAAUCCUCCCUAAAUGCUACUAAAUGAGCAGAAUAAUCAAUUUUAAUAAAAUUUCUAUCAAUAAAAUUACUAAAAUAACAUUUUGAGAUAGUAAUUGCCUUAGAAUGAGUAAAUUUACUAACAAAAUUAAUAACAAAUCUACUUUCAAAAUAAUAAAAAUGCUAUUUCAUAAUUAGAAUAAAAUAUUAUUAUUCCUUAAAAUUUACAAAAUUAGUAAAACAACUAAGUAUAAUAAUAUUUCGGUUAAUAAAAUUACUAAAAUAAUAAUUUUAGAAAUUAAUAACCUUAGAUUCAAUAGAUGGAGUAACAGGCUUAAUAAACAUAAUAACCUGUUUAAAGUAAUAAUAAUUAGCUAAAUCAAAUCUAAUAACCAAAUAAUUAAAUGGUUAAUUAGUAGUUAGAAUUUCCUCAAGUUAAUAAUGAAAUGAAAACACUCUAAGAAAUAUAUAAUGAAAUAUAAUAAUAAAUCAACAGUAAAGAUUUUGAAAAUUUAAAAUUUUUUGGUAAAUAAAAAUCUAAAGCAUUCCCAUUUGUAAGUUAAGAUGAGUAAUAAUAAAUAAAUGAAAAACUACAGCAUUUAAGCUAAUAAAGACUAAAAUAAGUAGAAGUACAUUCAAUAAGAGAAUAAACUCUUUAAUCAUAAUAGUUAAGCAUUUCAUAGCCAUAGAACUAAUCAAAUUAAAAUAAAUAAUAAAUCAAUGGAAUAAAUAUGUUGCCUCUUACUACAGAAUAACAAUUAAAAGAUGAAUAGACUCAAAGUUAAAGCAAGCCAUAUUAAAAAAAAAAAUAAGAAGUAUGGAGGAAUUAUUAAUAAUAGCCAAGAUAAGAUAGUAAAUAAAAGUAAAAUCAAGAAUAAGAUGAGCAAGACAUAUUUGAUAUUAUCAAAGAUUUUGAUUUGUCCUUAAAAAUUGAAGCUAUUCAUUAAUGUUCUGAUUGGAAGAAGAUAAAAAUAAAAUCACAGAAGAAAUUUUAGGAUGUAAUUUAAAUUGUGGAUGAAUUGUUACAGAAUAUUGAUAACUUUGGUAAUGAAAAUAAAGAAUCUAUAAUUAGUUUUCUAUUUAAUAUCACUAAAUAAAACUUCAUUAAUAAUGCUUUAAAGGAUUUCUUAUUAAGAUCAAGCAACUAUGAAAAUCAAACAAUAAAAUGCUUUAUAAUUUUAACCAAAACUCUAGAUUAUCUAUUGAAUAAAUUAAAUCUUCAAAUAGGGGAUUAGAUAGUUAAAAAUCUUGCAACAAAUGUUGAGCAAGUUUAUAAUAAAUAAAAGACACAAGAAAUGGAAAUCUGCUUGAAUUAAUUGAAUAAGAUUUAUUUUUAAAUAGCAAAUAAUGACUCCUUAGACAAGUAUAAAUAACCAAAUUCAAGUAAAAGUACUAAUGGCUUUGAUAUAUACUUUUAAGGUUUGUUAGGCAAUUCUCAAAAUUAAAUUCCAUAAAAUAAUUUUUUUAAUAAUUAAAGUUUAUUUAAUUAGCCUUAAAAUGUUUAAAAUAAUAUGAACAAGAACUAAAAUCUAAAUGCUUAAUUAGUUCAGAAUUAAUAAAUCAGCUAACUUUUUAAAGCAAACGACAAAAAUAAAAUUAAUAGAUAGCAAAUUCAAAGACCUAACUUUUAUUAAAAUUAUAAUUACUCUUUGCCUAUUAAAACUAAAGUCAUUCCAACACUCAAAGAAAUAAUUGAAAAUAGGUAUUAGGAUUUUGAAAAGUAUUUGCUUCCAAUUCCAAAACAAGAGAAAUUUAACAGCAUUGCUGAGUAUUUAUCAGUAAAUUAUUACUUGAUGAGGGAAGAUUUCUUGCUUGGUCCUAGAUAGCUUUUGCAAAGUGUUUUAAAUGAUAACAAGGUUAAAUAUAGCUUAUUUAAUUAAGAUUUUAGAGGCUAAAUUUAUGUCUACUGCAAUAUCAGAGUAGUUAAUUUAAAGUUCUCGAUGGAUAACUUUUAUGUGGAGCUUAAAGCUUAGCCUUUGUUUAUGGAGAACAGAUCUUGCCAAUUUUCUAAUUCUAAAAGGUUGUUGAAUGGCUCUCUCAUAAUUAUUUGUGAUGAAAGCACAAAAAAGCAAUUCAUAGGAAUAGUUUCUUAUUUAGAUCCUUCAAUAGACUAAACUUACUAGACACGCCAAACAGUUAAAUUUGGUGUAAAAAUAAUUAAUAUCACCAAAGACAAUGACUCAACCUACUUUAAGUAGAUAAUUGCAUUCCUUCAAUAAAGUCAUAAGAACACCUAUUAUGCAUUUGAGCCCAGAAAUUUUUGGCAGUCUUCUUAUCACUGCUUGAAAGAAAUUAGAAAAAUGUCUAAGGAUAAAAACAUUUCAAUACCAUUUUAAGACAUCAUAGUAGAAGAUAAAAUUUUAUUGAAUAAACCUGAGUUCAUCAACUAAUAAACAACCUAUAAGAUUGAGAUUUAAAAUAGAACCAUAACUGUUAACUUAAAUAACCCUUGGCCAAAGGAAUUGAAAGGAAGUUUAGAUGAUAGCUAAUUUGAAGCACUUUAAAAUAUGCUCACUAAAUCUAUAUCAUUAAUCUAAGGUCCACCAGGCACUGGAAAGAGUUUCAUAGGUAUAACAGGAGUUAAAAUUUUAUUAGAUAAUUGGGAAGUAUGGAAUAAAACAAAUAGUCCUAUACUCAUCAUUUGCAAGACUAAUUAGGCCUUGGAUUAGUUUUUAACUCAUAUUUUACGAUUUGAAAAAAAUAUCGUAAGAAUAGGAACUAGAUGCCAAUAACCAGCAUUAAAAGAUUAUCUAAUAGGAAAAUUCAAGCCUAAUUUCAAUAAACAUUUAAAGUAUCUUUAAAAAUAAAUGAAUGAACACAUCAGUUUAAUUGUCAAGCCUCUGGAUUAAGUUCACAAAAUUGAUAAUUUCUUAGAUCAUUAUCAAGAAUUACAAGUAGAUAUCCUUGAUUUUGUAUGCUCUGAAUUCUUAUCUAUGAUAUAAAUAGAAGUGAUCCUUAGUGAGAAAGAAAAGUUGUUAAUUUUUGAUAGAUGGUGGAGAAAUAGGUUCGAUGAAUCAAUAAUCUAAGACAUUUCUUAAACAAAUUUUAGAUUUAAAGAUCAAGUUACAAAUGAAAAAAAAUAACUUUUAAAGCAAUUUUUUGAUAAUAGAUUUAAAGCUGAAAAAGAAUAUUAUCAGAAAAGAAAGUUAGACAAAAAAGAAAAAAAAAUAAAAGCUAAAGAAGAGUUGGAAAAAUCUGUUAAUUUUAUCUAGCAAGACUCAAAUAUUCUAGAUGAUGAUGAAAUGAAUGAAGAAUUAAUCAAUAAUUUAGAAUUUAAGUAAAUUGUGGAAUCUUUAGAGUAUGAAGACUAUGAGUUAGAUCAGAAAAAGCUUUUAAGUUUUAUAAUUAAUAAAGGCAAAAAAGGUCUUUAUAUGGAUUUUGAAGAAUAUAUUAAUCUAAAGAUAUUUGGAUACAAAAAACAACAAGAAAAAUCCAUAAAAGGUUUAAUUUAGUAGUUUUCUGAAUAUAAAAUUAAAAGUAAACAAUAUAGAAUGGAAAAAAAAAAGUAUUAUGCUGAAAUUAUAAAAAAAAAGAGAAUUGCUGGUAUGACCCUCACUGGUUCUUAGAUGAAUAUGGAUAGUUUGAGAGAGUUACAAUAUCAGAUAAUUAUUCUCGAGGAGGCAGGAUAAAUUUUAGAAACUCAUUUGAUUCCUUUGCUAAAACCUGGGCUUUAACAGAUUAUUAUGAUCGGAGACCACUAAUAAUUAAAGCCUAAUGUUUCAAACUAUUAAAUAGAAUAGCUAUAUAAUUAUAAUUAAUCUAUGUUAGAAAGAUUAAUUUACAAAGGAGUUGAAUAUGUUGAGUUAAAUACUCAAAGAAGAAUGAGAAGUGAGUUUUCUAAUAUUAUCAGAUAAUUCUACCCAAAGCUCAAAGACCAUUUUUCAGUUUAAAAAUAUCAAAAUGUUAUUGGAAUGCAAAAGAAUUUCCUUUUCUUAAACCAUAGCACACCAGAAAAAUAAAUUAAAAACAGAGUUUCUAUGUCAAACGAUAGAGAAGCGUAACUAGUAGCCAACCUUGUUAAAUACAUAUUAGAUUAAAAUCAAUUCAAAUAAAAAUAAAUUACUGUACUUUCUUUGUACUAAGGUUAGUGUAGAUUGUUGAAAUAUAUGCUCUAAUUAAAGCUUUUAUCUUAAGUAGUGGUUUCAACUGUCGAUAAUUACUAAGGAGAAGAAAAUGAUAUAAUAAUUCUUUCUCUAGUGCGUUCAAACCCAGAAAAUGAAAUAGGAUUUCUCAAAAACUCAAAUAGAAUUAAUGUCGGAUUUUCCAGAGCAAAAGUAGGCUUUUAUGUAUUUGGUAAUUUUGAAAUGUUCAAAAAUUAAAAAAUAGACUUUUGGUAAAAUAUCACUUAAUACUGUGAAGCAAAUUCUUUUGUUUAGGAAAAAAUCACAAGUAAAUGCUCCCAACAUAAUGCUAUAAUAAAUAUUUCAUUAUAAAAUGACGAAAUUUAGCAAAGAUCUCCAAAUGGAGGUUGUCUUAACGUUUGUAAUAAGCGUAGAAAAUGUAAUCAUCUUUGCGAACAAUAAUGUCAUAAUGGGAGCUGUGAGUUAUUUAUAUGUAACCACCCUUGUAAUAAGUCACUUCCAUGCUAGCAUUAGUGCAAGAAAAAAUGUUCUGAAAUAUGUGGUGGAUUUUGUAAUGUUGAAGUUUAGAAAAUAAUUGAGCCAUGUGGACAUAAAAAUACAGUCAAAUGUGGAGAUAAUCUAGAAGAAUUUUAAUGCAAAUUUAUGGUUUAAAAGGUGUUUGAUUGCAAUCAUCAAACUUUUGUAGAGUGCUAUAAGUUGAAAGGUAGAUUAUAUUGCAACGAACCUGUAUAGUUUUAAUCCACUUGUGGUAAUAAAAACCAUAAGUUUUAAAUAAUUUGUGGUCUUUAAAGAAUUUAUAGAGAAAAAAAGAUUUGUAAUUAUUUAGUGCAAAAGUAAUGUAAUACAUGCAACUACCCUGGAUAAGUGUAAUGUAGUAGAUAAAACGAGUAUAAAUGCUAAAUUAAAAUAUAAAAAUAACUAAUGUGCAACCAUUCCAUUUUAGUUUAAUGUAGUGAAUAGAAAACCAUCUUGGAUUAGCCAUGCGAAAGUAAAUGCUAAAAGAUCUUGGAUUGCAAACAUUAAUGUACAAAUCUUUGUGGUUAAAAGUGCUCUAAAUGCAAAGAAAAAAAACCAUUUACUAGCUAUUGCUGCAACGAAUAGAUGAUAUUAUCAUGUGCUUAUAGAUAAGCUACAUUAAUGGAUUAGAAUAAAAAAUUCCCUUGCAAGUGCAACACUAAUAUUUGCAAAAGACACUUUAAAAAGUAAAAAGUAUAGUAUGGCUAGGAAUGCGAUGAAAUAUGUGGAGAGGUGCUACCAUGUUCUCAUACUUGUAAGUCAAAGUGCAGAGAUUGUUUAUAUGGAUUGCUACAUUAAAAUUGCAAUGAAAAAGUUGAAAAGACUUUAGCUUGUGGUCAUAAGGCUAUCAUUGAUUGCUCUGAAUCAGUACUUUAUAAUCAUUGUUCCUAAUCAAUAGAAUUUAUGAAUUGCUAAAAAAGCCAUAACAAUAUCAUAAAAUGUUUUGAAAAGAAAAAAAUCAAGGAAACUUUAACAAAAUUUUAAAAAUGCUUAUAGUGUAAAAAUGAGUCAGUUUUAACACUCACUUGCAGUCACAACAUUAAUUUUCCAUAACAAUACUUUGAUUAUUAGUAUUCCAGAAAGCCCUUCGCAAUUCCCCUUUGCAAAGAACCUAAUUGUGGCAAACAAUUAGUUCAUCAUGCUUUUUCUAGGUAAAUUCGUGUAACUUUUGACAAUAUUAAUAACAUAGAAUAGCAGAUUUCGAAAGAAUUUAACUAAAUUCUUUUAAAUUUUGAAGAAUAAACUAAGAAUAUAUAAAUUCAAAAUCCAUAUGGAGCUAUUCAAAACGAAGAAAAGUAUUACUAAAAUGAAGAAAACCAAGAAAGAAAACAAAAGAAAUCAUCUGAGAUAAUAAAAUUGAGAACUUGCAUACUUAAGCAAAUAAUAUCGGACUUUGAGAAGUUGAUUCCUUAUAUUGAGAAUAUGUGGUUUAAAAAAAGCGAUGAUACCACUAUAUAAAUUCUGUGUUAGGCUUUUAAAAAUAUAGAAAAUUUGUAUUUUUAGCAUAUCGAUAAAUGUAGGAUUUAAUUUUAUCUUGAGCUCCAUAAAAAAAUGAUUUAUUUUGCAACUGUGAUCUAUAUUUACUUUUAAGAUAAGUAAAGUGACUAUUAAUAAUUUGCAGGCUUUCCAUUUGACCCUUCUCCUGAUAUUUAAGAGAUGAUUUUGUAAAAUAGCAGGUUUUAAAAUGAAUUAAAAUAGUUUUGCUUAAAUGACAUCCUGAAGCUAGGGAAACUUUAAAUGAAAAAAUGUUAGAAUAAUCAUAUUGUUCACACCGAAAAUCUUUAUUGUGACAACUAGUGGUGUUAUUAAAUUUUAUAGGAUUAUGAAAUUUAAUUUGAUAUUUGA